AAGCAAUCAAAUAGCAUUGUAUUUCCAUACAUCUCUUCAAAAGAAUUCAAACUUAAAAAACAAAAACUAUAGAAAUGGCUUUAAUGAGAAGUCUAUUGGGUGCAAAGAAGAUUCUUGGACGCUCCGUAACAUUAGCAGCGUCCACAAGCAAAAGAGCAGCCUCACCAACGAAAGGGUUUUUGGCGGUGUACGUAGGAGAGAGCCAGAAGAAGAGAUAUGUGGUGCCAAUCUCAUACUUGAGCCAGCCUUCGUUUCAAGCUCUCCUCAGUAAAUCUGAAGAAGAGUUUGGAUUCGACCAUCCAAUGGGUGGCUUAACCAUUCCUUGUCCUGAAGAUACAUUCAUCACUGUGACUUCUCGGAUCCAAUGA